GGCUUUAACUUCAGACCCACCCGUCUUCGUCCCUUGUCAGUUGCCACGACGUCAGGGACCUGUCCGGUUUUCUUUCCCGUCUGCAGUCGAUCAACAGGCAUUAGGCAAGCAUGGAAGAGGAAGAAGAGAGGCAGAACCUUCCUGGCGAGGAACAUUCAGGAAGAGGAGGAGGAGGGGCCUGGAGUUGGGGAGCAGGCUCAGAAGGUCAGCUUGCGACCGGGAGGCUGGACGAUGAACCUGUCCCUCAGUUUCUGCCCUCGCUUUCCUCAGUCCUCCCCAUCUCUCAAAUCGCUUGUGGUGGUGCUCAUGCCAUUGCCCUCACCAGCAAUGGGAGUGUUAUGACAUGGGGUCGUGGAAAAUCUGGCCAACUCGGUCAUGGGGAUUCUGAGAAUCAGUUGCAACCAAAGGUUGUUGAGUUAUUGAAGGAUACAGUUAUACGUAGUGUUGCUGCUGGAUGGAAUCAUUCGGGCUUUGUAUCUGAUAUAGGAUGUCUUUACACCUGCGGCGAUGGAUCAUAUGGACAGCUAGGACAUGGUGAUUAUGAGACACAAAGUCUUCCUCUCAAAGUCUUAUAUUUUAAUUCCAAGCAUGUUGCACAGGUGACGUUUGGAAUGCGCCAUUCACUGGUUCUACUAGAAGCAGGGCCUCCAGGUGAGCUGGUUUAUUCAUUUGGUUCUGCAAGGCAUGGGCAACUUGGUGUGGCAGUUGAAAAGGGAUUUAGAUCCUACAAUCUUCCUCAAGUUGUCAAUGGAUUUGGGGAAGAUCAUAUUACUGUAAUAUGUGCAAAUGGCGACCAAAGUGCUGCAUUGUCUGGGGAAGGUCAUUUAUAUACAUGGGGAAGGGGAUUUGGUGGAACAUCUAACAUUCCUGUUCCUCAGCUUUUAACUUCACAUUUGGCCUUUUCUCAAGUUGCAUUGGGCUGGAACCAUGCAUUGUUAUUGACUUACACUGGUGAAGUAUUUAUGCUUGUUGGUGCUCGUCAUGGAAAGUUCAGUGGCUCCGAGUUCAAGAACCUGGAGUCUGUUGGUGCUGUCCCACAUAUGCAUGACAUAACUGCUUUAUAUGGUUUGAAGGCAACAAUGAUUGCAGCUGGUGCUGAGCAUUCUGUUCUGGUAUCAGAAUGUGGGGACAUCAUGUCAUGGGGCUGGGGAGAGCAUGGACAACUGGGCUUAGGGGGUACAUGUGAUCAGGCAACUCCUCAGAUUGUUCGAAUUUGCAAUAGACCAUCUAAUUCAUCAAUUAGCUUCAGAGUUUAUUGUGGGAGUGGCUUUACUUUCACUGUGGGUGCUACAUAGUUCCAACUGCACCUCAAGCUUUUCAAAUCAGCUUGUAAGGGCCCUGCCUAUAUGUAACUGUUAUAGAUGCUACUAAGUUCCUUUUUCAUGUAAUUGUGAUGUGGAAGAUUUAUGCCUGCAAGUUCAUGUAAUUGUCAUGCAGUCAGGUUUCUAAAGUAGUUUUUUAUGCAAAAGGUUCCUGUGAAUGUUUAUGCUACCAUAUUCAUCAUGUUUUCUUUUGAAUUC